UCGCACUCACAUCUCUCUCAAACGUUAUAUAUAGAGAUCCCUCCAUUCAUAUUCCUUCGAUUAUUAUCACAAUAUUUACACCACAAAAAUAAAUAAAAGGCUCCAUUUUUGUUCUUCGCAAGGUUCAAGAAAAUUUGAACUUCCGCGGGACAAAAUCAAGAAGAUUGGAAAAUCUCUGCUUUUUAUACGUUUUGUCAUGUCUUCUGAUCAGGGCAUCGGACAGAAUCGUCCCAAGUCGCCGGAACCCGCCGGAAAAGUGACAAAUCUGCCCACACCGGCCGGUGAGAAGGCAAACAAAACGCAUCGUUUCGGGAUUUUGCUCCGGCGCAGGCGAAGAUCCUCCGCCGGGAAAAGAAAGGUUGGGGUAACGGCGGCGGCGGCAGAGGACGGAACGCGCCGUUUUGGUCAGAGAUGGAGAAGCCAAAGAGCACAGAGGGUUUACUCUCUGAAGCUCUACGCCGCCCUCCACCGUAGUCGCCGGAGGACCGCCGCCGGUAUCGGAGGAGUGCGGGAUACGGCGGACAGGGUGCUGGCGGCGGCGGCUCGGGGUACGACUCGGUGGAGCAGGGCGAUGCUAGUGGGUCGACUCGGACCGAGAUGGAGGGCGAAGGUGACGGCUCGUGCGGCGGCGCGUGGGGUGGAGAGGCGGUGCGUUGGGAGGAGGAAUCGGGCGGAGGAGGAGAACGGGUUCCGGGUUUUGGCCCGACUGGUUCCGGGUUGCCGGAGAACAGAGUUGCCGGAGCUUCUGAACGAGACGGCAGAUUAUAUCGCGGCUCUGGAGAUGCAAGUCCGAGCGAUGACGGCUUUGGCGGAGAUUCUCGCCGAUUCUCAGCCGUUCGAUCGGCUCCGCCUCGCAUGGAGGGCGAAGGUGACGGCUCGUGCGGCGGCGCGUGGGGUGGAGAGGCGGUGCGUUGGGAGGAGGAAUCGGGCGGAGGAGGAGAACGGGUUCCGGGUUUUGGCCCGACUGGUUCCGGGUUGCCGGAGAACAGAGUUGCCGGAGCUUCUGAACGAGACGGCAGAUUAUAUCGCGGCUCUGGAGAUGCAAGUCCGAGCGAUGACGGCUUUGGCGGAGAUUCUCGCCGAUUCUCAGCCGUUCGAUCGGCUCGGCUCGGUUUGA